UGAAGUUAUGGCACGCUCGCUUCCCGAACCCGAGCCAGUGAGCUGGCCUUCCUGAAAGCGUGCUGGCUAUAAAAAGACGCUGCAGCAAACCAAGUUUAGCUUUCCAACUGGCAAGAUGGAGACAUAAAGCAAAUGAUGUUGAACUAUGUGCAACCCAUGGCUAGAUAAUCCAGGCAGAUCACAGCCUGAGAGCUUCCUCUGUUCUCCAUCUGCUGGCAGUCAACCCAGCUGUGGAUUUGAUGCACGCACGAAUUACUGACGGACUGUGUGUGUGGGAUUCCCUCAAGAAAUACAACAGGGCCCAUGUUUAUCCAAAUGACAGAACAUGUCACCUAGUGCAAAGUCAAAAUGGACGGAAGAGGAGACGGAGAGCACAACGGUAGAAAUCGGCCGAACUUUCCCCGUCAGUUGUUUCCAAGAGUUGAUCGGCCACCAGCUGAUCAGCUUAAUGCUGGAGUCAUUGCCUGGCUGGAGUUCCUUUUUAAUAAUGAACUACAGGAGGAGGGCUUUGCAUUCAUACUGGAGAUUGUGGAACCCGAGGAUGAGGAACAACAUGACGACAACAACAACAACAAUGAAAACGCUGACAACAAUGAAAAUGUUGAAAACAAUGACAACAAUGCCAAUGAUGAAAACAAUGACAACGCGAAUGAUGAAAACCCUGACAACGACAGCAAUGAAAACAACGCCAGCAGUGGCAACCGUGACAUUGCUGUCAACCUCAACAAUAAUGAUGACAUACACAAUGAUAAUAUAGAUGACAAUGUUGACAACAAUAAUGGACAUACAUAUGCUGGUACUAGUGCUGGAGUUGUUGUUGACCAGGGUGUAGAGGAAGAUGACCCCCUGCUUGGACCAUCCAGGAGGAGGUCAAGAGAGGAGGAUGGACAGAAUGCUGUAGAGGAAAGCAGCAAAAGAAUCAGGGGGUGGGACGGGUUUUCUGACAGCAGCACUGACUGCAACUCUGACAGUGACAACAACACUGACCAUGACAAUAAUAACACUGUCAGGAAUACUAGAAAUAGCCCUGACAAACAUGCAGGUGCUGAUGCUGAGGUUGCUGAAGAAGACCCUCUGCCCGGUCCAUCCAGGAAAAGUUCAAGAGAGCUUGAUACAGUAGAAGAUGAGAGAAGUGAUGAAAAAUCAAGACUAUGUUAUGAGUUUGCAGACGACACUGUUACAAUCAGAACUAACAGAGAUCUUGCUCACGGUAGUAGCAGCAUUGAUCCAGAUGAUAAUGCAGGUGCUGCUGAGGAGACAGGCGAGGAAACCAACCAGCAGGUGGAGGAGGAAGCCACACAGCCAGGACCAUAAAGGAAGAGGUCAAGGAGAAAACGAUGAAGGCGAGGACAGGGAGGCAUCAAAAAUAUUCAGACGUUAAGCUGAGACGCCAGGGAUGAAGAAUGACAGUGACUGUGACUGAAUUUUACAGUGAGGUUUGGAUUUUAAAAGGGUUGUCUCCUGUCUGCCCUGCAUCCCCAGAAUGGAUACAGGUCAGACAAGUUUUACCUUUACUUGAUUUUCAGUCAGUGUCUGUAUAAUCUGGACAGUCUAUAGUAGUGUCCGAAAUACAUGUACAUUAAAUCAGUCUAGGGGUAAGACACGGACAGAGGGUGGUUCCUGUAACAGCAUGUCAUCAGCCCACUUUUGGCACCCAUUCGCUGAUCGUCCUGGAGGGGGAUCCCUCUUCGAGUGGGCCCUCCCAAGGUUUCUUCCUUUUUCAGCCUCUUAACUGGGCUGUUUGGGGGAGUUUUUCCUUGCUCUCAUUGAGGGUCUAAGGUCUGGAUGGGUGUCACUUUAAUUUAAUUUAGCUUUUUGGAUAUCUAAUGUGGGCAUUUAAUUAAAACUCUGUUCCCUCUGUAAAAUAAAUAAAUAAAAUAGAAAAAUUGGAUUCUGAGACUUUUGUUGCCUAUAU